AUGCAUGUGACCAUACACUUCGCAAUUCUCUAUAUAACACCACCUUCUCAUACUCGUUUCUUGGCAACCAAGACACAUAAACCAAAGCAUUUACAUCAAAAACAUUUCAUACUGUUCUCUCUCUCUCAAAGAAUGGCUUCGAUCGUUUUCUUGAUUCUAGCCAUUGUGUUGUGGUCCAGAACUUCAGAAGCCACAUCUCGUGGGGGACUCUUUGAAGCUUCUGCUAUAGACAAACAUGAGCAAUGGAUGGCUCGGUUCCAUCGCGUUUACUCCGACGAUUCUGAGAAAACGCGUAGGUUCGAGAUCUUUAAGAAUAACUUGGAGUUUGUCGAGAGCUUCAACAUGAAACCGAACAUAACGUACAAGUUGGGUGUCAACGAGUUCUCUGAUCUCACCGACGAGGAAUUUCGGGCGAGGUACAUGGGGCUAGUGGUUCCCGAUGGCAUGACCGGAAUCUCAACUUCGGCGUCGUUUAGAUAUGAGAGUGUCAGCGAAACCGGUGAGAGCAUGGAUUGGAGACAGGAGGGUGCCGUUACAUCCGUCAAGAACCAAGGCGGAUGUGUGACAUAG